GCAAUAUUGUUGUAUAUUCAAAGACCAAUCCGAGCAUCUUUAAAACAGCCUAAAAUAAUUUUGCCUUCCCUGAGUUUUUCGUACCGCAAUGUUGGUAUCCGUGCAAAAACGUUGUAUGUAUGUCACUGUCAAACUACUGUCACUGUAAAAAUGGAGGUUAACGUGUCGCUGCGUACCCUUUUGAACAUAAAUAGAGGGAAAAAACGCAAAAUCAAUAUUAACCAGUGGAAGAGAAACAUCCGUAAGAGUCAUAGAAAUGCAGGUGAAGCAUAUAUAUCUGUUAGAAACGAGAAUGUACCAGAAAAACCCCGUCCACAUGAGGAGCGACUAUGUAAGUGCAAAUCUGUUUGCAAGGCUGAUAAAAUUCAAGGCCAGUUUGGAGAUCUCUUCACAAAAUUCCAUAGCCUGGAUUAUAAUGGACAAACUGCGCACCUGGCCAGUUGUAUGGAACUUCAAGAGCCACAACGUAGACGGGUUCCCGAAGACAUCUCCAGACGACAAUGUACUGUACGAUACCACAUCCUUAUUGGAGUGAAGAAAUUACCAGUGUGCCAAAAAACUAUAUGUCAAGCAUUUGGAAUAACACCUCGAAGAAUCCAACACAUUCAGCAGAAGAUAAAAACAGAUAUGCCGUUACGUGAUCAACGUGGAAAACACAAUAAUAGGCCUAAAAAAGUCCACGAAACCGCCAAAGAACGCAUAAAAGAACACAUAAAGUCGUUUCCACAUCAAGAAAACCAUUAUAGUCGCGCUGCAUCUUCGAAGAACUGCCUUCCUGCUGAAUUAAGCUUGAAAAAAAUGUACAAACUGUUUUGUGAAAAGUAUCCGCAAUGCAAUGUUUCCCGGCGCACUUACACUGACAUAUUUCAAUCAGACUUUAAUCUGCGCUUUGGUCUCCCUCGCUCAGAUACGUGUACGUUUUGUGAUAAAAUGUAUAUCAAGCGUGUGGCUACACCAGACGGUCCAGAAAGAAAAGCUAUUCUUGUUGACAGUGAACUCCACCAUGCACGUGCUGAGGCUGGAUACAAAGCAUUGAAGUUGGAUGCUGAAAAGGCUAAUCCACAACUCGUCGUACUCUUCACUGAUCUUCAGCAAGUGUUGUACUGUCCAACAUUGACUCAUUCUUCAGUAUUCUACCAACGUCAGUAUGCCACUUACAACUAUGAUAUUCACGAUGCAGGUUCAAACGAUGCCACUAUGAUGUUGUGGCAUGAAUCUAUUGGUAAUCGUGGUUCUACAGAUAUCGCUUCAGCUUUCCUGUGUUACAUAAAACAUAACUUUCGUCCAUUGAACUCAGGAGAAAUAAAAAAACUCAUUGUCUGGUCUGAACGAUGCGUCGGCCAGAAUAAUAACUGGAGAAUGCUGUCCAUGUUCCGUUUACUGAUUGUAAAUAGAUAUUUCACUCAAGUAGAACAAAAGUUCUUAACUAGCGGUCACAGCUUCUUACCUUGCGACCGUGAUUUUUCGCUCAUAGAGAGAAAGAAAAAAACAGCAAUGGUGAAUGUACCCUUCGACUGGGUAGUAGUGAUUGCCAACUCACGUCCCAGCAAGCCCUUCAAUGUGUACUACAUGGAGCAAAAAGACUUCAAAGAUUUUUCAGCAUGUGAGAACUACUUAUGGAAAGAUCCCAAAUGUAAGAUCACUGAGUACCGUUGGUUCAAAUUCGACAGCGAUGAUCCUACGAGAAUAAUGGCUAGAACUUCUCACAACAUUAUGCAACCUUGGCAAACAUUCUCACUUGUGAAUAAAAAAUGGGGUGCAAAAGCCAUCAGAGCAUUCAACUACCAAAUUGAUGCGUUGCCGAAUGCGUAUACCGGGCCUAUAAAAAUAAAAGAAGAAAAACGCAAAAAUCUACUGGAUAUGUGCCAGUACCUGAAACCCGAAUACCGAGAGUUUUAUGAAAAAUUAGAAUAGGAUGGAACAUUAUUAAGUUUAAAUUUAAGGAGCAUUAAACUGUGUACUUAGCAUAUAAAACCUAUUAAUAAACAUUUUGAAUUGA